GAUUUGGGACCCUUUCUCAUGUAGAUGCGUGUAUGCGCGGAAAUUCCCACACGGAGGGUGCGCUGUGGGCCCGCGCCCGCCGCCGCCCGUGCGCCGUGCCCGUGGGGGCCCCCGCCGCCCUGUCGGCCGCAACGGGACACCCCCCGACAAAACAACCUGAAUAUAACCUCGUCAGGCGUCCGACGGCGGCAGCGCUCUGUGCCGGCGGAAGGCGGUUCCCCCGACGAGGAUCGCCCUCCCCCCGGCCCACUGGCUCGGCCUCGCGAGCGUGGCGUGGCAGACCUCGCAACAGGCGUGGACCUGCGCGUGGCUGCAGAGGCGGCUGAUGGCGCGGCAGCUCUCGACGUGGCAGCGUACGUCCAUCUCGAAGACUUCGAGCUGAUCCUCCGCCCCCCACUCCUCAUCGUCCUCCUCCUCCUCCUCGCCGCUGCCCUCGCCGCCCUCGC